UCCUAACCUCUAAAUUUUAAUCUGUCAUUCUGUCAAAUUUUGUCUUAAAAACUGAUUAAAAAGCACUAUUUGUUUAUUUAAUAUUAUGAUAAAUUUUAUAAAUAAUAAAAUUCAAUAAAUUAUUGUUUACUGUUAUGAACACAAAGUUUGUUUUUAUAUUAUAAUAAUUAAUUAUUGUUUUUUUAACACUAAAGAAUAAAUAAUGUACGAUUUACAAAAACUUGAGGAUGAAGCAAGAGCAACAGCAACAAAACAAGUGGUUAAUAUGCUUCAACGUCCGGGACAAUUGGAAAAAGUUGAACAAUAUAAAAGAAGAAUAAGUCGUAAAAAAGCAUCAGUUGAAACAAUGUUAAAAACAGCAAUGCAAAGUCAACUCGAUGGUGUUCGCGUUGGUUUUGAUCAAUUACAAAGUUCAUUGCAAAGUGUUUAUUCAAUUAAAGAAGAAUUAUUAACAAUUGGCAAAUCAUUUGGCACUGCACCUGAAUUAUAUGCAAAAUUACAAGCUGUUCAAGAUGAAAGUAUGCGUCAUUCACAAUAUGUAACAGCAAAAGAAAAUUUAAAACAUAUUUUCACCGUUCCUGAAAGUGUAGAAAAAACAAAACAAUGGAUUAAUGAGGGUAAACUAUUACAUGCUCAUCAAUCACUAAUGGAUUUGGAAAAUUCCAGAGAUGAUUUACUCUAUGAAUUGCACAAAUUGCCAAAUCAAUCAAUGCCAGAUACAGUUAUGUUGAAGGCAUAUUUUGAAGAUGUUGAAAAACUUUCACAAUUAAUGGAGAAACAAAUUCGUUUAGUUUUGAGUCGUACAUUAAAUACAGUGAGAAAAGAGCCAACAGUUAUUGUCACUGCAUUGAGAAUUGUUGAACGUGAGGAGAAAGCUGAUCAUUUUGCCAUACAACGUCAUCGUCAAAGUGGUUUUAUGCCACCGGGACGACCAAAAAAAUGGAAGGAAAUGUCAAUUAAUACAUUAGAAAAAUCAGUGGCUAAUCGAAUUGAAGGCACACAAGUUGAUGAACGUUCAGAUAAUAAAAUGUGGCUUGUUCGUUAUUUGGAAUUAACACGACUUUUAAUAUUGGAAGAUCUUCGUGUUGUUAAAACAUUGUGUGGACCAUGUUUUCCACCUUCAUAUGAUAUUGUUGAUAAAUUUGUAAAAAUGUAUCAUACAAGUUUAUCGCAACAUUUAAUGGAUAUUAUUGCAAAUGGACUUGAGGGUAAUGAAUAUGUUUCAUUACUCGCUUGGAUAAUGAAUACAUAUACUGGAACGGAACUUAUGAAACAUUCGGAAUUAAAUAUCGAUACAAGUGAUAUUGGUCCUUUAUUGAAUAAAGAAAUAAUUGACGAUUUACAGGAGAAAUAUUUGCGAAAUAUGUAUCAAAAUUAUGAGGAAUGGAUGAAAAAAACAUUGGAAACGGAAAAAGUUGAUUGGUGGAGUGGUAGUUUGGAAAGUAGUACACAGGAUACUUAUUAUCAUACAGCAGCGCCGGUUAUUAUUUUUCAAAUGAUCGAUCAAAAUUUACAGGUGACGAAAACAAUAAGUUCUGAUUUAACUGCUAAAGCAUUGACUUUAUGCAUUGAACAAGUGACAAAAUACGCGGAUAUUUAUUCAAAGGCAAUAAUGGAUUUUAAAUUGAAACAUUUUGAGGAUCGUAGCCGUGUUCCUUAUUUUACACAUCAUAUGAUUACAGUUGUUAAUAAUUGUUUACAAUUUAUUGAACUUGCACAACAAAUGAAACAACUUUAUUGGUUACCAAAUGCAAGUGGCGAGAUUGCACGUAAAUUUGAGACACUAUUGGAAAAUUAUCAACGUAUUCGUAAUGAUGCUGCGGCAAUUUUACUUGAGGAAUCGUUUCUUGAUUUGGAAUUACAUUUUCAGGAUUUACUCACUCCUAAAUGGUUAUCGUCACCAAUUCCCGUUGAAACAAUUUGUGUGACACUGGAGGAUUAUUUUCAGGAUUACAAUCAUUUAAGACCGAAGAAUUUCGAUUAUGUUAUAACUGAAGCACAAAAAUUAAUAGCCAAACGUUAUAUUUCGGCAAUGUUACAAAGGAAAAUAUCGUUAAAAAAUUAUGAUGAAUGUUUAAAUUGUACAUCAAAAAUAAUGGCCGAAGCGGAUAAAUUAAAGAAUUUUUUCUCACGAAUUGCGCCAAAAGUGGGAAAUUUUGAUUCACCAUUUGAAAUUAUUAAAAGAUUAGCUGAAGUAUUAAGAUGUGAGGAUUCGGAAAUUUUAUCAUUAGAUCUUCAUUCAUUGGUGGAAAAAUAUCCCGAUAUGAGUGAAGAUCAAUUGGUAAGAUUAUUAAGUCUUCGAGGUGAUAUACCAAAAGGUGAAGCAAGAGAAAAAGUAUCUUAUAUUUUGGAGGCUUUACGUAAUCGACGAUUAAUACAAUCUAAUCCUGAUAGUAUUUUUAAACAAAUUAUCCUACAGGAUAGUUUUCUCAGUUGGAAAACGUAAAAAAAAAUAGAUAUUUAAAAAUGUUAUUUUAUUUUUAGAAUAAUAAAUUAUUUUUUAUCAAUUUA